GGAAUUCUUACAAGAAGAACAUUUGUAUAGACAUGCUACAACAUGGCCAUCAUAAAUCCUUCUGUGAGCUCUUCGCCCUGAUCAAGAAGUGGCACGCCUUGAGGGAAGCUGGAGGGAUUCGGUCGAUCUUCUGGAUACAGACGCCCCUAGAGGAGCUGCCUGAAAAACUGGACCACCUGUACUUCUUCCUGACCAAGGCUGAGGAUGCUGAGCUCGCAGCUCACUACGAAGAAAUGUACAAUAACCUAUUUGCUUUGGCCUGUUACUUCAACAACCCGGAUGACAAGUGGUUGAGAAAUUACUUUUAUGAACGAUGUUUUAAUAUUGCUCAACUGAUCAAGGCCGAUGGUGGGAGAAAGGAAGCGGAAGCCUACUCACAUAUGGGUCUUCUCUAUGAGGAAAAUGGGGGACCAUGCAGUAGCAAGGAGGGAGCUAGCAAAGAAGGUGGAGGUAAUAACGUCACUGUUAAUGGAGGAAAGGCCAUGGAUGAUAAAGCAGAACGAUAG